AUGACGGACCAGAUAAACGACGGCAGAGAACAACCCGGCGCGCGCAACGUCUGGUCAAUGUCGAACCAACUAGUUAACAGUCCUGAUUCGGAGCAAUCCAAGAAAUCACAAUAUCAGCCGUUAAACCGCGCUUGCGAAGCUUGUCGCCUUUCCAAAGUCCGAUGUCUUGUGAACCCUGACGCAAGCUCAUCGAAGUGCCAGCGGUGCGCCAAGGCCAACCGGACCUGCAUCUUUGCGCCACCCGUAAAAAGGCGACAGCGGAAAAGAACAGAUGUGCGCGUCACGGAGCUAGAGAAAGAAAUCCAGCAAAUGCGCAGCCUUCUAAAGGCGAAAGCACGUCCGUCCAGCGAUGCCAGCGAGCAUGAGACGGGAGACGAUGAAUCGGACGAGCAAGGGCAUGCGAGGGACGAGGAGACUCCAUCCACUUGGCGAAGGCACUCGAGUAUGGGAACAGCAACAACACCCUCAACAGGAUUUUGUGGCCUUCCUAAAGCCGCCAACCAAGCACCCCUGCCCGAGCCCACACCCACACCCACACCAACCGCCAGCGCGCCCAAAGAAUUUCUAGGGUCGUCUGAUAACGAUAUAAUAGAUCGCGGCGUCAUUUCCGAGGACAUGGCCCGCGAAUUCUUGAGCAUAUGGCGCAGGGAGCUGGUCGCGGCUUGUCCAGGCAUCACGAUUCCCAGACAUUGGGACGUUUUCGAUCUUCGGGCAAACAAGCCCGCACUUUUCCAUGCCAUCAUGGCGGCUUCUGCCCAUUCUAAAGGCUCAGCAUUGUCCGACAGACUGCAUGAAGAAACUGUGCUCUUGUAUGCGCGUUCUGCUUUUGUCAAAGGCGAAAAGUCCGUUCAGGCUAUCCAGGCAUUGAUAGUUACUGUAUCGUACUACUCGCCUUCCAAGACACCAGGACAGUUGCAGAUAUAUCAGUGGGUCAACAUGGCAGCCUCGAUGGCGCUCGAGCUCGGCUUGACGUCGAAGCCGCGAACACAUGAACAACUACCCAAGCGUGCCAUUCGAUCGCUGCAGAAGAUCUCUUCGCCAGAGGACCUACUAGAACACUGUCGCACCAUUCUACUGCUGUACAUUAUCAGUGCCGGCUUCUCGAUGAGAAUGAGGCGGCCUAAUAUUUUGCUGUUUAACAGCUGGAUGGAGGAAUGUUUUGGGAUUCUUGAAAAGUCAAAAUUAUUAGAUGAUAAGAGGAUAGUUGCGUGGCUGAGGCUACAGAGAAUUGCCGAUGAAGCAAACACAGCAUUCGGCUUUGAUGAUGCGAGUACGAGUUUCAGUCUCUCUGAGCUGCGUAUGCAAAUAAUCCUGCGAAUCUUCGACCGGAGGAUGCAGGAUUGGAGGAAAUCAAUCCCUGACGAUGUAAUGACAUUGAGUCUCGAGUUCGAGUAUCACGCAGACAUGCUUUCCAUGUGGGAGUUUGGCAUGGACGGAGGUCGCUUCGACGCCAUCGAAUUUAGAAACCGGCACGUCACACUCCCAGCCCUUGACGACGACUCCGUGCAACCUGAAUCCCUUCUGUCCCGCUCCGCCCUCCAAAUCAACGCAACAACGAAAUGCAUCAGCGCCGCUCAAAUAAUCCUCGAUCUUUUCCUCGCUGUUCCCGAAGACGAACUGCGCAAAUCACCAAACGUACUUUACGUCCGCGCCGUCUACUCGAUCGUCACGCUCAUGAAAGCAGACUACGCCGUGGGCACCGACGAGGAAUUGAGCGAGCUACUCGAAGGCCAAAGUCUACGCGUAGGAUACUAUCUCGAUGCCGUAAUCCAAAAAACCAGCGACGCAGCUGGCCCGCAGAAAUGCCGGAACCCCAGCCACUGGAAAUUUAUCCUCGAAGAAAAGCUUAAAAGCUGGUGGGAUGAGUAUCUGGAAUGGCGCAAGGAAGGCAGACAAUUGAAAAAAAGGAAAACAACAUCCACACAGGAGGAUAGUGGAGAAACGCAGAACCAGCCUUUAGUAGCAUCAUUUAUGGGACCCAAUCUUGACACUGCUACUGCUGCCGCUACUUCUACAAACAACCCAUCAGCAUCACAUAUCCCACUCGACCAACAACAGCAAGCACCUCAGCAGCAACAACAACCAGGACAACACCAAUCUUCUCAGUUCCCUUUCUCAGACUUCAAUCUCUCCUCCACAUACCCCACCACCGACGCCACAACAGCCCAAUGGUCGACCAACCAAAUGACCCUCGACACUACCACGACCGCCACCUCCACACAAACCAUGGGCGACCAACCAGGUUUCACAACCGACAUGGGCGACUUCUCAGCAGCGUUUCAAAAUGGCGAUUUGUACCUUUGGAAUGAUCUGACUGCUGAGAAUUUCGGGGGUUGGGUCUCCCAGGGGGGAUCGUAUGCUGGAAUGGGGUUUGGGUAUAUGGAUAGCCAGGGUUUUUGA